UAAUCCUCAAGGCGCGGCGCCCUCGUUGCCGGCGGCUUUUUCCCCUCGACCUCCCGCCACCGCCUGUCGGCAUACGCAGACCACCGGCUGCAUUUCCCACAAAACCCUCCUAUCCACCCCCUUUCACUCGCGCCGCCACUCAUCGCCGCCUCCCGCCCCCCUCCAUCCGAGCCUUCUGUUCACGGAGGUCGCGCGUUUCAGGAAACCGACCAGCACUCAGGGACGGGGAUCGGCGACGAUGGCGGAAGGCCGCAGCUGGAUGUACACGGGCCGUCAGAGCAGGACCUCAAUCACCCCCGAGUGGGCGGAGAAGGCGAUGGAGUUCGUGGAGCUCGCCUUCCGCCGCGUGCCGCCGGACGGCUGCGUGUGGUGCCCCUGCGCGUGCUGCGGCAACAGGCGAAAGCAGUCCAAGUACGACAUGCAGAUUCACCUGGGCAAGAACGGCUUCCAGCCUGAUUACACGGUGUGGGUGUACCACGGCGAGAGCCGUAGCAGCCGCACUGCUAAGCCGUCCCCCGGGGACAAUGGUAAUCUUCACGGGAAAAAGGAUGUGGAGGUUGCUGCUGCUGGUGGGGAGGAAGUGUCAAAACCGCAGGGAGCUAAGACUAGAAAGAGGGAGAUUUCCCUCAUUGAGGCGUAUGCAUUAAGCAAGCUACGGAAAGAGGAGCGGAUAGAGUGGGGUUACCAACGGCACCUGUGGGAGAAGGAAAAACUCCGGCAGCAGGAGCAGCAGAAUGCACCAAAGAGGCCGAUGAGCCGGCAAUGGAUGUACGGUGACCGACGCACUACCGAGUUUAUUACGGGCCUGCAUUAUUUUAUCGGUGUGGCGAAGGAAAACACUCGGGAUGGUUUUAUGUGUUGUCCAUGUCGUUUCUGUCAGAAUGAGAAGGCUUACUCUUCCUCAAAAAUCCUUCACACCCACCUGCUUGUGUCCGGUUUCAUGCCUAGUUAUAAUUGUUGGACCAAGCACGGAGAAAGAGGGGUUGUGAUGGAACAUAAUGAAGAAGAAGAGGAUGAUGACAGCUAUCCUAUGUUCCCUAAAUACAGUGAUACUGCAGCGGGGGAAUCUGAAGAUCAAGAGGCACCAAAGAGGCCGCGCACCUCUGGCGCACCCACUGCCGAGCUUGCUGAAGAUGAAGACAACAAGGAUGCCAACAGUUGUGCUUCCAGCUCUGGAUCAAUCUAGUGUUAUGUAUCUUACCUGUGAGGAUUCUAGCAUUGUUGUAGUUUCUGGACUUGUGAAAAAUUAUGCCGCCCGUGCUGCAGCUCCAAAUAUGUUCAAGAACAGCUCGUGCAUCCGAACAUGCUGAGACCUCCAGCCUACUAUCCUUCAUGUUCAGGUUCC